AUGGGUUUCACCGAUCUCCUCACCGAUGCUGGCCUCACCCUCCUGAACAGCUGGGUUUCCACCCGCUCCUACAUCACUGGCUUCUCUGCCAGCCAGGCCGACGUCGCCGUCUUCAAGGCCCUCAAGGAGGCUCCCAACGCCGCCAAGUACCCUUCUGCUGCCCGUUGGUACAAGCACAUUGCCACAUACGAGGAUGAGUUCGCCACCCUCGAGGGCGAUGCCAGCAAGCCCUACACCGUCUACGGCCCUGAGGUCGCCGAGGUCACCCUGAACCCCGCCAAGGCCCCCGCCGCCGAGGACGACGAUGAUGUCGACCUGUUCGGCUCUGACGACGAGGAGGAGGAUGCCGAGGCUGCCCGUGUCCGUGAGGAGCGUCUGGCUGCUUACCGCGAGAAGAAGGCUGCCAAGCCCAAGGUUGCCGCCAAGUCUGUUGUCACCCUCGAUGUUAAGCCUUGGGAUGACGAGACCGACCUGGCUGCCAUGGAGGCUGCCGUCCGUGGCAUUGAGCAGGAUGGUCUGCUGUGGGGUGCUUCCAAGCUGGUCGCUGUUGGCUUCGGUAUCAAGAAGCUCCAGAUCAACCUGGUUGUUGAGGACGAGAAGGUCUCCCUGGAUGAGCUCCAGGAGCAGAUCCAGGAGUUCGAGGACUGGGUCCAGUCCACCGACGUUGUCGCCAUGCAGAAGCUGUAA